GUUGAACGUAAACCGAGCAUGCGCAGAAGCUACGCGAAGAUCUCGAAAGUCCGAUCUGCAGCCCAUUUUUAAAACAAAACUGAUUAAAAAGGUAAUUGUUGAGUUGGUCUCACGCUUGAAUUGGAGCCGAUGUGGAUUUUUCCGCGUGUACUAUAGCCACGUGACCUUUGGCCGGAUUGACUUCACUCACUCCUUCCCCAUAUCAACAUGAGCAGUACAACACAGAGGAAAAGAAGGAAUGGCGCCCCCUCAAGUUCCAGACGUACGACCAAGACUAGCAGAGUUGUCACCACCACCACCAGCGUGCGACCUCAUGCAGCAGUAGCUGCUGAGACCAUUGACGUGCUUGAGGGCAGCAGGAAUAGCAGUGAGGAGGUAGUGGACUUAACAUGUGAAGGUUCUGAGCCGACUGUGGUAGACUUGACUAAUAAUGAUUCUGUGGUGGUUGUCGAUGAAGGGCCUCAGGGCAGACGUGGCACAGACAGUGAGAGCUAUGUGCUGAGCAGCGAUGAGGAGGAUACGAAUGGAGGUCUCAGUGAUGACCUCUUGUCCUCCCUACAAGCCAGCAGCAGAGCCAGGUCUACCCCAGGGACAGUCAGCUGCCCAGUGUGUAUGGACGCCUAUGCUGAGAUCGUUGAAAGUGGGAGACUAGUCGUAUCCACAAAAUGCGGUCACCUCUUCUGCAGUCAGUGCCUCCGUGAUUCACUGUCGAGAUCCCACACUUGCCCAACUUGCAGAAAGAAACUGACUCACAAGCAAUACCACCCCAUAUACAUCUGACACAAACCCAUAAGACCGCUGGUUUCACCCACACCAAACCUAUAAGACUUUGUAUCAUGCCUGAGCAUAUCACUGCCCCCUACUGGACAAAACCUUAACUUUUACAUACUUUUUUUAACAUUCUACAAUCAAAAGAGCAAAGUAUAGGAAUUCACUCUUUUGCCAACAUGCAUUCACUUGAAUUUUUUCUGUUUUCUUCCACCAAUUUUCCAACUGGUUGUCCUUCAUUUCAUAGUUAUUGGGUUGUUUUGAAUCAUCAGUGACCACGACCAAGGAAGCAAAGCUACGAAGCCAUCUUCCUUUUGAUAAAAUACUGUUUUAAUUAAGGGCCACAUUUAGAAUUGUAUUUUCCUUUAGCAAUUGUCCGCUUGCUCUGUUUUUUGCUCUUAAGGAGUCACUUGUUGUGAGGACAGCUAUCACGUGUGAAUGGCACUUUGACAACGAUGACAACCUGGAUUAUUAAUUGGUGGAUGUCUGAAUGGUGAAUGUUGCUUGAACCCCAUUGUUGUAAAUAUUGCUGUAUGUAUGGUUGUAUAUAUGGUUGAAGGAUAAGUUAAGAUGAGCUUAACCUGUAUAAGCUUCAAUAAAAUGUUGUUGAUUGUAAA